AUCACCUGCUCAGUUGCGGCACACAACCACGGUGUCAGAGUCCGUGAAAGCAAAUUUGCUUCUAACGUCAAUAACAAGUUUGCGAUAUCAAGCGACUAAACGCCUACCAAAACCUCAACGGUUAAUACGUUGGAAAUAUGAAAUCUGCUCACUACGUCACUGCUUUGGCGCUUUUAUGGAUAACAUCAUUGGCUCUUGCUGAUGAGGAAAUAUCAAGCUCAAGUGAUAAUGGCGAUGAAAAGCCAGUACUACAAGAGGCUGGACCUCCCGGUCAGAAAGGAGAGAAGGGCGAAGAGGGAGCUUCCGGAUCUAAAGGAAUACAAGGUCCAAGUGGAAAGGCAGGGGAAAAAGGAGCUCCUGGAUCUGAAGGAAUGCGUGGUCCAAAAGGAGAGCCGGGAGCUCCCGGAUCUCACGGAAUACGCGGUCCAGACGGACAUCAUGGAAAUAAUGGUUCCAAAGGUUGCAAAGGAGAACCCGGACCAAUGGGAGUUCCUGGAUUUGGAUCAAACGGUUCAAAAGGAGAGCCCGGAGCAAUGGGAGCUCCCGGAUCUCCAGGAAUACGCGGUCCAAGAGGAGACCCAGGAGAAAAGGGAUCUCCUGGAUCUCCAGGAAUACAAGGUCCUAGUGGAGAUCCAGGAGAAAAAGGAGCUCCUGGACUUGAAGGAAUAAGAGGUCCAAAAGGAAAGCCAGGACAAAAGGGAACUCCUGGAUCUCCAGGAAUACAAGGUCCUAGUGGAGAUCCAGGAGACAAAGGAGCUCCUGGACUUGAAGGAAUAAGAGGUCCAAAAGGAAAGCCAGGAGAAAAGGGAGCUUCCGGAUCUCCAGGAAUACGCGGUCCAAGAGGAGACCCAGGAGAAAAGGGAGCUCCUGGAUCUCAAGGAAUACGCGGUCCAGUUGGACAUCAUGGACAUAAUGGUACAAAAGGUGGCAAAGGAGAACGCGGAUCUCCAGGUCUAGGAGGAGAGCCCGGAGCAAUGGGAGCUCCCGGACCUACAGGAAUACGCGGUCCAAGAGGAUAUAAUGGAAGUAAUGGUGUACCAGGUUCAAACGGAGAGCCGGGACCAAAAGGAGAACGUGGUAGGCGCUUGAACUGGAAGCAAUGUACUGAGACCAAGGGUAGUAACAAACAAAGCGGAAUAUUACUCAGCUGUCCAUUCAUAAAAUAUAAAAAGAAAACAGCAGUACAUGUGGAAUUUGGAGGAACCUUACGAACAAUGCUCAAUACCCUGACAACAAACGAACCUGUUGUUUGUGCUCGAUGGUACUUUACAUUUGAUGGAGAAGAAUGCCAACCACCAAUUGAUGGCGUAGUGUAUGAAGGUCAGAAAGGCAAUUCGCAUUAUCCACACCAAAUCGGUGGUUUCUGUCAGAUGACGAAGGCAGACACGAAGGCAGCCAAAAUCAUCAGUCGUGGCAGGGUUAACAUUGAAUUUCGCAUCGGGCACUGUCAUCAUGGCAGCCGACAGUUGCAAGGCGUCACUCAUCUUGGCUUGGAUUCUGUUUCACGACUAAUAAUCACUGAAAUGCCACCACCUCAAGACUGCAAUUAGACUAUGAAUGAACUCUGAUGUGACUGACUGAUGACCUCUGUGCUAGUUACACACAGCAAAGCGUAGUUAACGUUGCUACAUAUCUAGCUGUAUGCUGUUUUUCUGUUGGGUGUUUGUUACAAUAAGCAGUUGGACAACAUGUUUGUUCGUUGCUGAUCAUUC